GCGUACCGUGCGUACGGGCAUGUCCGCGUGUCCCAGCAGACUGUAGGGUAAAAAUUUACCCCUGUUACCCCCCGAAAAUACGCCUCAAUAGCCCUUGGAAGGCGCCUCUGCUGCGAUGAAAACUGCAGGAUUAGUGCAGGUACGUCAUAAAGCACGUUAAAGUUCAUUUGUUGUCCUACAUGACUUGAUAAUAAAUAUUGCGGCGCUCUAGGAUUAAACCGGUUAGUGGCGCUCCGGGCUUCAAUCAACGUGAUUCUUUGGACAAAAUAUCCCCCCUAUAUGGUAUGUUCUGUGAUUCUUUGUUAAAUUUCGUGCAGCUUUUGAGUUGUCUUUAUCUAUGAGUGUAUACCCACUUCAACACUUUUGCAAAGUUUGGGAGUUUUCGCAGACGUCAAGCAAUCAUAUCAACACUUCAGGUUUUAGGGCAAAUCAAUCAGGACGGUAUUACAUCUCUCUUUGAUAGGAGCAACUUCGUAUUCGUUGUCUCUGUUCUUCUCGUCAGUUGUCAGUAAAACCCAAAAAUUUAAUUAUUUCCCGAAUCGAAAACUUGUCUCCUUUGGCAUCUUCCUUUCGCAUCAACAGCCCCGUAUUUAUCUCUCUCUCUCUCGUUUUUCUUUUUCCGCGCAGUGCUCCAUAGUCAUGGAUACUUUGACAGUGACAAUGCGAUUCCAGGUUAGGUUAUGUGCGAUGUCAGAAUUUUGAGGAUAACGACUAAGGUGCCACGAUGUUUUUUAAUCGCGUUUACCGAUAAAUAAACGAAACGAUAUGAAAAGUGCAGGUUAGAUGAGUGCGAUGACUGGUGCUCCACUAUACAGGGCAUUAAACGUGCUUGUGCACUCGUUAUUCACGAUAUAUCAGUGGUUGGUUGCUUGGAGGAAGCAAGGCGGUGUAUUUGUCGGUGCUGGUCACGAGUUUGAUGAUGUUGAGGCGAUUCGGUGUUUGGAAAAGGAAAUUGCGGUGCAGAACAAGAUUCCCAAACAUCUGACAGUGCUGCUGGGCCAGGAAGAGCCUUCUUACCCAGACCUGGCUAAUAUUGUCCUCUGGUCAAUCAGCCAUCGCAUUCGUUUUCUCAGCUUCUAUGAUUAUCAAGGUGUUCUGUGGAAGCACCGGCACAAGCUGGAGGCCGCAAUUAGUGAAAAAAUCCCGCACAAAGACAGCGUUAUCUGGCACAACCGACGCAGUUUGCCGUGCCAAGAGAACGGAAAUGGGCUUCAAAAGAGGCUUAAACCAUUGGCAGAAAACGGCAAAGUUCAUGUAACCAUUCACCUUAGGAUAAUAUCCCCGCAAAAUGGAAGGCAGAGCAUUGUGCGAUUGGCGCAAGAUUUGUGCCAAGACGCACAGGCAGGAGAAUGGACGAUUGAAAGCCUGGACCAAAAGCUGCGGGCGGAAUUCGAGUUUCCCGACCCCGAUUUGGGGCUGAGUUGCGGCAAUUUUUUGAGCCUCCUGCACUAUCCGCCGUGGCAGAUACGGGUGACCGAGUUUCUAAGCAUUAAAACACACCAUAGGAUUAAGUACAGACAGUUUUUGGAGCAGCUGAGCAUUUUUGCAAGCUGCGAGCAAAGGCUGGGUCGGUAGUUAGUCGAAUUCCAGUUGUACAUAUUUAUUACUACUAUACAAUUAAUUCUA